AUGAACCACGUGAGAUCUAUGCCCGGGGAUACAUCUAUGCCUUUGCAUAUAGAGGCUUGCGAUGCCACCAAGCGUGCUGGCACUUACGCAUUACGCCAGGUGCGGGAGGAUGGCCACUGGUAUGGGUUCAGCAUCGAGACAGACCAGGACGAUCUCGUCAAGUAUUUCCUGUCCGAGCAAAACAGAGACGGUUCAUGGAGCAUUGCAUAUGAUUACCCGGGAGAUGCUUCCACAACUGCCGAAGCAUACUUCGCCUUGUCGAUGCGCCCUGCACGCGAGUUCAUCCUCUCGAAAGGUGGCAUAGCGAAGGUGCGCGUUUUUACUCGAAUGUUUUUCGCUUGCUUUGGGCUUUUCCCUUGGUCCGCGGUGCCCGAGUUGCCAGCUGAGUUGAUCUUGCUCCCUGCAACCGCCCCGAUGAGCAUCUAUCGGCUGGCAAGCUGGGCCAGGGCAACAGUGGUACCAAUGCUGGUCAUUCGACAUCAUCGUCCCAUAUAUACUUUGCCAAAUGGAACGUCGCCAUCUAAUGAUUACUUGGACAAGCUUUGGGUCAAUCCAGCAGAUAAAAUGGUUCCAUAUGCCCCUUCUCUAUGGUCUUUAUGGCGUGGCCUGCGGUGGUUCCCUCUGAGAAAAGUUGCGCUUCGACAAUGUGUGGCUUGGAUUCUUGAACACCAGGAGCCUGAAGGCGAUAUCGGAGGCAUCUUUCCUCCCUUGCAUGCUGGGUUGUUUGCACUCAUACUGGAGGGUUAUGACCUCGAGUCUAGCCCUGUACGUCGAGGCAUCGAUGCUCUCCAAAACACCUACGCCUGGAGAGACAGCGCUGGUUUGAGAAUACAAGGCUGUAUCUCGCCAAUAUGGGAUACCAUUCUUAUGACUAUUGGCCUCAUCGACUCUAGUCUACCGGUUGCAAGCUCCCUCGUUACGCGAUCAUCACAAUACCUUAAGGCCCGCCAACAGCUAGGACGACAGGGCGAUUGGAGAUCCAAAUCUGUUCGAUCUAAGCCCCAUAUUAUCCGCAGUUCAUGGAUCCUCGGAUUGCAGAAUAGUGACGGUGGAUGGGCAGCAUUCGACCGCGAGAACAAUUAUUUGUUCCUAAACAAAAUCCCGUUUAGUGACAUGGAUAGUUUCUGCGACCCAUCCACCGCAGAUGUAACUGGGCGUGUCCUUGAAUGUUUUGGCCUGUUAGUCAAGACGGGCGCCGUACUAUCUAAGAAUGGUAAAAACCCAAUUCCUCAAUUAUUCAUUGAGAGAAUGUCCUCGGCCACUGAGCGUGCAAUUGAUUUUCUGUCAACGGAGCAAGAUUCUGAUGGGCCAUGGCACGGUCGCUGGGGCUCGAACUACAUUUAUGGAACCAGUACGGUACUUUGCGGGUUGGUUUACCACCUGGAAGGUUGGGAUGAUACGUAUCCUGUAAUGGAAAAGAAACACAAAGCCGACACUCAUGCCGCCCUUGACUGGCUCAAAAGAGUUCAAAAUCCUGACGGUGGGUGGGGCGAGCGCCUCGAAACAUAUAACGAUCCUAGCCUCGCUGGCAAUGGGCCAUCUACAGCAUCGCAGACGGCCUGGGCAUUGAUGGCCCUGCCUGCAUAUUUACCACCUACAGAUUCAUCAAUCACUCGGGGUAUUCAAUAUCUUUCACAGACGCAGAUUAAAGAGGGGGAACUUACUGGGUCAUGGAAAGAGGAUCACUACACCGGUACCGGCUUCCCGAACCAUUCUAACUUUGCUAUACCUUAUACUCUCAAUACUUUCCCAUGA